AGUUCACUGGAACUGGAAGAAAUGGAUUUAUCUUCUGUUCAGAUUCAAGAAGUACAAAGUGUCCUUCAUGCUAUGCAGAAAAUCUUAGAAUGUCCAAUAUGUUUGGAAUUGAUCAAAGAACCCAUUUCCACAAAGUGCGACCACAUAUUUUGCAAAUUUUGUAUGCUGAAACUUCUUAAUCAGAAGAAAGGUCCUUCAAAAUGUCCUUUGUGUAAUAAUGAGAUAACCAAAAGGAGCCUACAAGGAAGCACAAGGUUUAGUCAACUUGUUGAAGAGCUGUCGAAAAUCACUGAUGCUUUUGAGCUUGACACAGGAAUACAGUUUGCAAACAGUUACAGUUUUUCAAAAAAGAAAAAGAAUUUUCCUGAACAUGUGAAUGAGGAGGAUUCUAUCAUCCAGAGCAUGGGCUACCGUAACCGGGUCAAAAGACUCGGACAAAUUGAUUCUGGAAAUGCCACCUUGAAGGACAGUCUCAGUGCCCAGCUGUCUCAGCUUGGAAUUAUGAGAUCAGUGAAGAAAAACAGGCAGACACAGCCUCGAAAUAAAUCUGUCUACAUCGAAUUAGGAUCUGAUUCUUCUGAAGAGACAGUGAAUAAGCCAGAUGACUGCAGUGUGAGAGAGCAGGACUUGUUAGAAAUCAUCCCUCGAGGAGCUGGAGAAGAGGCCAGUUUGCACUCUGUAAAAAAGGCUGCUUGUGAGUUUUCUGAGGACAUAACAAACACUGAGCAGCAUCAGUGCAAUAAUAAAGAUUUGAACCCCAUUGAGAAUGAUGCAACUGAACGGCAUCCAGAAAAAUGUCAGGGUAUUUCUGUUUCAAACUUGCCUGUGGAGCCAUGUGGCACAGAUAUUCAUGCCAGCUCGUUACAGCAUGAAAACAGCACUUUAUUACUCACUGAAGACCAAACGAAUGUAGAAAAGGCUGAAUUCUGUAAUAAAAGCAAACAGUCUGGCUUAGCAAGCAGCCAGCAGAACAGAUGGGCAGAGAGUAAAGAAACGUAUACUGACAGGCAGAUUCCCAGCACUGAGAAGAGGGUAGAUCCAAACGCCGAGCCCCUCUGUGGGAGAAAACAAUGUAAUUAUCAGAGAAGUCUGUGGCCUGAGGGUUCUGGAGCUACCCAAGAUGUUCCUUGGAUCACACUAAAUAGCAGCAUUCAGAAAGUUAAUGAGUGGUUUUCCAGAGCUGAUGAAAUGCUCACUUCUGACAGUGCGUCUGACAGGAGGCGGGCGUCAAAUGCUGGAGCAUCUGGUGAGUUAGCGGUUUCAGAUGAAGUGGACGGAUGCUUUGGUUCUUCUAAGAAAACAGACUUAGCGGCCUCUGAUCCCCGUCAUGCUUUAAUGUAUAAAAGUGAAAGAGAUGUCUCCAAACCAGUGGAGAAUAAUAUCAAAGAAAAAAUAUUUGGGAAAACAUAUCAGAGAAAGGGAAGCCUCCGUCACUCAAACCAUGUGGCUGAAAUGAUAGGCAUAUUUACCACAGAACCACAGAUAACACAAGAGCACCCCUUCACAAAUAAAUUAAAGCGUAAAAGGAGAAGUACAUGCCUUUAUCCUGAGGAUUUUAUCAAGAAAGCAGAUUUAACAGUUGUUCAAAAGACUCCUGAAACUAUAAACCAAGGAACUGACCAAAUGGAGCCAAGUGUCGAAGCGAUGGAUAUUACCAGUAAUGGUCGGGGAAAUGAAACAAAAGGUAAUGAUCUUCAGAAAGAGAAAACCGCUCAUCCAAUAGAACCAUUGGGGAAAGAGUCUGCUUCCACAGCCAAAGCCAGGUCUAUAGGCAACAGUAUAAGUAAUUUGGAGGUAGAAUUAAAUGUCCACAACUCAAAAGCACCUAUGACAAAUAGGCUGAGGAGGAAGGCUUCGACCAGAUGUGUGCUUGCACUUGAACCAGUCAGUGGGAACCCAAGCCCCCCUACUCGUGCUGAGCUUCAAAUUGACAGCUGUAGUAGCAGUGAAGAAACAGAGAGAACCAACCCCAACCCAGUGCCAGUCAGGCACAUUAGAAAGCCCCAACUCACCCAAGACACAGAGCCCCCAGCCGGUGCCAAGAAUAACGAGCUACAGGAGCGAAGUGCCAGUGAUGCUCUCCCAGAAGAGAAGCUAGCCAACAGAGCUGGUUCACGGUCUAGUAAGCCUCAAGGACCUGCCAAUCCCAGCCCUCAGAGAAAAGAAGUAGAGAAACCUGAAACAAGCGAAAUGCCUGAUAAUGCCAAGGAACUCAAGGAUCUAGGGCUGAGUGGAGAACAGGGUUUGCCCACUGAAAGAUCUGAGGAGAGCACCAGUGUCUCAUUAGUACCUGACACUGAUUAUGACACGCAGAACAGUGUCUCAGUGCUGGAAGCUAACACUGUCAGUCAUGCAAAAACGGGGUCAAUUCAUUGUAUGACUCAGUUUGUAGCAAGUGAAAACCCCAAGGAACUUGUCGUUGGUUCUAAGGAUGCCGGAAGUGGCACAGAGUGCUUCAAGCAUCCAUCAAGACAUGAACUUAACCAUGUUCCAGAGACAAUUGAAAUAGAAGAGAGUGAACUUGAUACUCAGUAUUUGCAGAAUACAUUUCAAGCGUCAAAGCGUCAGUCAUUUGCUUUAUUUUCAAAACCAAGAAGCCCCCCAAAGGAGUGUGCUCAUUCUGUGCCCUUAAGGGAACUGAGUCCAAAGGUGAUUUCUGAAGGUGAAGAGAAUCAAGGACAUGGACAGUCUGAAAUCAGUCGCGUCCCAACAGUUACUGCCACAGUGGGCUCGCCUAUGCUUCGUCAGGAUGGUAAGCCAGGUGCUGGUACACUGUGUGCUGGGAUGUCGAGGCUGUGUCCAUCUCCUCAGUACAGAAGCAACGAAAAUGGACUCAGCACCGCGGGUAAACCUGGAAUUCCACAAAACUCAUAUCAUAAACAGUCAGUUUCGCCCACGUGGUCAUCUAUGAAAACUGACCAUAGGAAAACUCCAUCCGAGGAGCGGUUUGAGAAGCAUACAUUGUCAACUGAAAAGGCAGUGGGAAAGGAGACCCUUAUUCAACCUUCACUACGUACAGUUAACCAGAAUAAUAAAGGAAAUGCUUGUGAAGAAGCCAGCUCGGGCAGUAUUAAUAAAGUAUGUUCCAGUGGUGAAAACUUCCAAGGACAGCUAGGUAGAAACAGAGGGCCUGAGCCGAACACUACGCUUCCACCAGAUCUUUUGCAGCCUGAGGUGUGUAAACAGAGUGCUCCUGUAAGUGCUUACACAUAUCUUGAGAAAAAGCAGGAGGGCAAGGCUGUUGGUGCAGACUCUUCUCCGUUUCUGUUCUCAGGUCAUCUUGAACAACCUAUGAGAGGUGGUGACAUUUUUCAGGGUUGUUCUGAGACACCUGAUGACCUGCUGGAUGGUGUUGAAAUACAGGAAAACAUUAGCUUCAGUGACGGGGACAUAAUGGAGAAGUCGGCUGUUUUUAAUGGAAGUGUCCAGAGAAGAGAGCUCAGCGGGAGCCCCAGCCCUUUCAGCCGCGUAUCGCUCGCUCAGGGUGCCCGUAGAGGGUCUAAGAAACUAGAAUCCUCAGAAGAGAGCGACUCUAGUGGGGACGAAGAUCUUCCCUGCUUCCAGCACUUACUUAGCAGACUCAGCGAUCCGCCGCCGCAACCUACCAGAAAUAGCAGUGUCGGGCCAGAGCCUCCAUCAGAGAGAGCAGAGGGGGCCCACGCGCCGCAGAAGAGCAGCAUCAGUGACUGCAACAACGAGGUGGUCCCGGUCGAGGCAUCUCAGGACCAUCACUUUAGUGAGGAUGCAAAGUACUCCGGCAGUCUGUUUUCUUCACAGCACAGUGCUGUCCAAGGCCCAGCUGCAAACGCAAACUCCCAGGAUCCCUUGUUUAAUCCUGCUUCCAAACAAGCGAAUCAUCAGUCUGAGAACGAGGAGGUUUUUCUAAGUGACCAGGAAUUGAUCUCAGGUGAUGAGGAAAUGGGAACUUGCCUAGAAGAUGAUAACGAUCAAGAGGAUAGUAUAAUCCCAGAUUCAGCAGCCUCUGGAUACGAGAGUGAAACAAACCUUUCUGAAGACUGCUCACAGAGUGACAUUUUAACCACUCAGCAGAGGGCGACCAUGAAGGAUAACCUGAUAAAGCUCCAGCAGGAAAUGGCUCACCUGGAGGCUGUGCUAGAGCAGCAUGGGAACCAGCCUUCUGGCCACUCCCCUUCCCUCUUAGCUGACCCUCGUGACCCGGAAGACCUGCCAAAUCCAGAACAAAACAUAUCAGAAACAGCAAUUUUAACUUCAAAGAACAUUAAUGAGAAUCCUGUAAGCCAGAAUCCAAAGAGAGCUUCUGUUGACGAGUUCCAACCACAGCCUCCCGACAGUUCCACCAAUAGAAGAAAAGAGUCAGGAGUGGAAAGGCCUUUCCCUUUUAAAUCUCCAUUGGCAGGCAGUAGGUGCUCUGCACUCAGCCACUCUUGGGGUCUUCAGAACAGAAACUGCUCGUCUGGAGAGGAGCUCCCUCAGGCUGCUGAAUCAGAGAAGUCCUGUGAACCACACAACUUAACAGGGCCAUCUUCCGAAGAGACUCCAAUCCUAGAGUCUGGAAUCAGCCUCUUCUCUAACAGAGACCCUGAAUCUGAGUCCCCUAAAGAGCCAGCGCAUGUUUGCAGCAUGCCAACUCUACCCUCUGCACUGGAAACAUCCUGGUGUCAAGGCACUGGGUCUGUCAAGGGUCCAGCUGCCACUCAUGCUGUCACAUCUUCAAGAGAAGGAGCCCGUGCAGAGGUAUCCAUGGUGGUGUCCGGCCUGACCCACAAAGAAGUAAUGAUUGUGCAAAAGUUUGCUGAAAAGUACUGCUUCAUUUUAACUGAUCAAAUUACUGAGGAGACUACGCAUGUAAUUAUUAAAACAGAUGCUGAGUUUGUCUGUGAGCGGACGCUGAAAUAUUUUCUAGGAAUUGCAGGAGGAAAGUGGAUAGUUAGCUAUUCGUGGGUGAUCCGGUCUAUCCAAGAAAGAAAACUUCUGAAUGUGCACGAAUUUGAAGUCAGAGGAGAUGUUGUGACUGGAAGGAACCACCAAGGUCCAAAGCGAUCCAGAGAAUCCCAGGGAAAGCUCUUCACAGGCCUAAAUGUCUAUUGUUGUGAGCCCUUCACCAACAUGCCCAAAGAUGAGCUGGAGAGGAUGCUGCAGCUGUGUGGAGCUUCCGUAGUGAAGGAGCUUCCAUCAGUCGCCAGCAGCACAGGUGCUCAUCCAAUUGUGAUCGUACAGCCAAGUGCCUGGACAGAAGACAGUGGCUGCCCUGAGAUCGGGCAGCUGUGUGCCGCACACCUGGUGAUGUGGGACUGGGUGUUGGACAGCAUAUCCGUCUACCGUUGUCGGAAUCUGGAUGCCUACCUGGUACAGAAUGUCGCUGGUGGCCAUGACUGUAACGAGUCACAAGACCCCAAGGAUUAGUGUAACAAAAGGUCUUUCCAUGCCCAGAGAGCAUCUCUCCCUCUACUGCCUUAUUUACAUAGGUCUGGAGGAAAGCAGCUCCUACCUCUGUGAGGGCCCCUUAAAGGGUUUCUAAUUAAGUCUCCCUUUGAAAUCUAUCUUGAGCAAAAAAGAAGUGUUUCAUCCAAGAAGAACCAAGACUAUUUAAAUCCCACCAAUUGAGCAAGAUGCUGACUCACUAUUUGUUGUUCUUGGAGAGACGGUCAGUGGCUUGGCUAGUCUGAGCUGGGCAUUCUGGUACUAAUCACAGCUCUUGGUGGCAAAAGACAGGAGUGUCAUGAGUUCAAGGCCAGCCUGAGCUAUAUAAGACCCUGACUCAAGCAAAUAGCUGGUGGUCCUAAUUUGUUUCUUAUAAAAUCUCAUGUUCAUCAAAGCCACGAGUCAAACCCUUCAAGGAGAUUGCUUGAGGUCUGUGAUUUAACUUAAAAUCAGUGUUCCGGGCCAGCGGGAUGGCUCAGCCGUUAAAAGGCUAGGCUCAGAACCAAAGUCAGUGUUCCUCAAGUCUCCAGGUUCAAGACCCAGCACUAAACAACACCCAACUCCCUUCCCUGACCAAACCAGAGUCGAGCUUGCG